UAGCGUUUUCCCUAGAGAAAAGCUUAUGAUUAGCUUCGAUCCGGGAGGAAGUUACAAGGAACCACGCCCGUCACAUCAUAUUUGUGUCCUGACCUGACUGACAAAAGAGUAUUUUAACACAGUGUAACUACUGCUGGCCGAGUGAUUUAUUCCCGCCGUUUUAUCUCUUACGACAAAAUUUCUCAAGUUAUUAUGUUUUAUUAUCUGCACAAUGGCACUCACGUAGAAUAAAAAUAUACUGCAAACGAACUAUCGAUGCAUAAGGACCGCUUUUUGUAAAAUGUUGUACCUACUCAUAUUAUGCAAAUAAAAGUUUGAAUUUGAAUGCUAAGUCAUUGUACAAGCUCGCAUUUCUGGCAGAAUUUUGCCCAAAGCUGAGAUCAAAAUUUCUGUCCAUUAUCAUAAGAGGCGAGAUAAGAAAGUCAGCCAGCAAUCAUUCGAUGGAGAAGUCUCAAAAACAUAUUUAUUAAGUAAAUGAAGGUUUCGAUCUCACUGGAACGCACCCAAUAAAUUUGGCGGGAUUUUUCAUGUACUUUUGACAUUUCAAACUUUCAAUUUGAUUGACGUUUUGCGACACAAGUCGAACAGGUGUUUUUGUUGUCCAUUAUAUUCAAUUAACGAGUUACAAAAUACUAUAAAAUACACGAAAAAUACUUAGAUAAUCAGAUUAAAAUGGAAAAUUAAUAUAAUUGCUGGAUCAAAAUGUUCAUAGAAGAUUUGAAGACUGAUUUUUACGACGUAUUAUUAGGAAAUAGAGUGCUGUUAUUAGUUCAUUACGACGUCGACGCAAUAUGUGCGUGUAAAAUAUUGCAAGAAUUGUUCAAAUGUGAUAAUAUUUCGUACACAUUAGUGCCAGUGGGGGGUAUUGCAGAGUUGAAAACGGCAUACGAAGAAAAUAAUGAAGAAAUCAAAUAUGUGGUGAUGGUUAAUUGUGGUGGAACUAUAGAUCUAGUGGAUAUCUUACAGCCAGAAGAGGAUGUAGUUUUUUUCGUUUUAGAUUCACAUAAACCAACAGACAUUUGUAAUGUGUAUAGUGAUGGACAGGUGAGAUUAGUGUACAAGGAUAGUGAAGAGAACAUUCCCAACUUUGAUGAUAUAUUCAGAGAUGAUGAAGAGGAGGAAGACCAGCCAACAGAUAGUGGCAUGGAAGCCCUAGAGGCGGUGGUGGAGAAGCGUCGUGCACGCCGAGCAUGGGAGGAGCGCCGUCAUACGUUGAUGUUUAAUUAUACGCAGUUCUCGUACUUUGGGAGACCGAGCGCGUGCGUAGCCCUGGAAGUGUCCCAGCUAGUGUCGCGCUGCAGCGUGACGUGCGCGUGGAGCGCGAGCGUGGCGUGCACGGCGAUGGAGGCGCUGUGUGCGCGUGCGCCUGCGUUGGCCGUGCUCGAUGCCAGCCAGCUGCAGCGCGUGCUGGCGCACCGGCAGCUGCAGGAGGACCAGCUGUCGUGUCACAUAGUUAUAGAGAAAGACGCGUGGCUCCCCCUGUACCGGUCGUGGUCGCUGGAGGCGGCGCUGCGGCACGCCCCCUUAAUCGGUCCCGCGCUCAAGCUGCACACGCUGGCUGGGGAGGGGCGGUUACGGCAACUGCUGGCUGAUAUGGGCUACCCGCUGUCACAAGCCCGCCAAGCCUACCGCUCUAUGGACGUGGAACUCCGCCGGGGAUUAUGCACCGCCCUCGCCACUGCGGCACCCAAACUAGGGCUCCCGGACCCCACCAGGGCCUCGUUCCUGCUGAGAAGGCCACACAAGCCUCCGCUACCCGCCCUUGACUUGGUCUACAUCAUCAUGGCUCUCAUAGAACAUGACACGAUCCCCAAAGCGGAGGGCUUCCAACACGCGCUGUCGGCGCUGGAGCCGGCGGGGGGCGGCGCCGCCGUGUCGCUGGGCGCGGCGGCGGCGCAGCGCGCGCUGGCGGCCUGCCGCAAGCUGGUCGCCGCCACGCUCGGCGAGCGGAGGCUGAUGCGGGCCGGGCCCUUCAGCUACUUCAUAGUUCCUGAGGGCUGCCCGGAGGCGGGCGCGGUGCGCGGCCCGCUGUGGCUGGCGCUGGCGGCGCGCGGCGCGGCGGGCGCGGCGCCCGUGCUGGCCAGCGCGCCGCGCGGCCCGCACCACGCGCUGCUGCUGGGGCUGCCGCCGCGCUCCCAGCACGAGCCGCGCAAGUCUGCUAUAUACUAUACAUACAUACAUACGGUCACGUCUAUAUCCCGUGCUGGCCAGCGCGCCGCGCGGCCCGCACCACGCGCUGCUGCUGGGGCUGCCGCCGCGCUCCCAGCACGAGCCGCGCAAGUCUGCUAUAUACUAUACAUACAUACAUACGGUCACGUCUAUAUCCCGUGCUGGCCAGCGCGCCGCGCGGCCCGCACCACGCGCUGCUGCUGGGGCUGCCGCCGCGCUCCCAGCACGAGCCGCGCAAGUCUGCUAUAUACUAUACAUACAUACAUACGGUCACGUCUAUAUCCCGUGCUGGCCAGCGCGCCGCGCGGCCCGCACCACGCGCUGCUGCUGGGGCUGCCGCCGCGCUCCCAGCACGAGCCGCGCAAGUCUGCUAUAUACUAUACAUACAUACAUACGGUCACGUCUAUAUCCCGUGCUGGCCAGCGCGCCGCGCGGCCCGCACCACGCGCUGCUGCUGGGGCUGCCGCCGCGCUCCCAGCACGAGCCGCGCAAGUCUGCUAUAUACUAUACAUACAUACAUACGGUCACGUCUAUAUCCCGUGCUGGCCAGCGCGCCGCGCGGCCCGCACCACGCGCUGCUGCUGGGGCUGCCGCCGCGCUCCCAGCACGAGCCGCGCAAUCUAUUCGGCGCGGCGUUUGAGCAGGCGGCGGCUAAAUGCGGCGCGUCCAUUUCCCUGGACUUUCUGGACUCGUCCGUCAUCACGCUGCCGAUCGCUCAGAGACCACAAUUUCUGGACGCCCUCACAGCGCUACUGGCUUGAUGUAAGCAGUUAGCACGAAACGAUGAUCCCGCCGCUGCCACCUGUGUUUACAUGCAUACUUGCGAAGAGUCUGUUUAAAUAUGCAUUUAGCCUCCUUUUUUAGGUACACACCACCAUUACUUGGAAAUUGUUAAAAAAAUUGUUGUUCGUCAAUAUUUCGCCAGGUUAGAUGUGAUCUGAAUUAAAAAUUCUUAAAAAAUCCAUUGAUUAAAGAAAUGAAUCUUAGUUCGAAUCGUAAAUACGCGCAUAUGGUUCUCUGCCUUUUCGGCGAAAAUCGUUUGGCAGAUCAUCACUUGCCAAUCAACGUUUCGCAAAAUUUUAUUUCGCGGAAUAAUCAUUUGCCAACUAUAUCACUUAAUUUUGUUUCAUUUCCCAACUUAGGUAACUAUUGCCAACUGUACGUUUGGUCUGGCUUUUAUAAUGACACUUUUCACAAGGCCAACUUUCAAGUAGCGAACGUUUCAGUUAGAGUAAUAUUCAUUUAAUUUUAUGUAUUGUUUACCAAAUAAUA